GCGCGCUGCGUACGUCAGUUUUGCCAACUCUAACUGCGCGGCAGAACGUAUAACGCUUGUAAUUUUUUUCUUUCGUCGGUUGCCAGUGUUUUUCUAAACUUCAAGAUUAAUAAAAUAAAAAGUGUUUAUAACUUUACACGUGAAUAUUGGUGACGUUUCAAAAGUUUUACACGUUUGAUUAAAUAAAAGUUGUCAUAUGCUGAAGUUAUUGGAUGUUAUACACGAUUGGACGCUAUGGACUGCCGGCUGUACUGUUGCUGGUGAGCUGAUGACCUGAGGUGACGAGGCGAUAGACAAGAUGCGGAUGCACGGCUAACCGACACGCUCUCACCGCGCACUACCGCUCACAUUGAGAUGCGGCGGCAGGCUCGGAUCUCAAUAGGAGGCGCGCUCGUAGUGCGUUCCGCUUCAGCUCUCCAAGUUUGGCUGUGGUUGCUGAUAUUUGUAUUCCAGAAUGAAUUCAGAAUAUCGAGGUCCAUUCAACCAGGCUACUUGGACUUCGACAAUCUUCCCGAGACGAACUUUACAUGCGCUGGCAAAGUUAUCGGUGGAUAUUACGCCGACUUAGAGACGUCAUGUCAGAUGUUCCACGUAUGCACCGUCGGCCAACAGGAUGAGCCGAUGGAUAUUAAGUUCCUUUGUCUUAAUGGCACUGUUUUUGAUCAAGAAACGCGAGUUUGUGAAAGAGUGGAUGAAGUAGAUUGCACCAAGUCAGAAAAGUUCUACAGUUUAAAUUUAGAAUUAUAUGGAAGUACUGCACCACCUAUUAUACAACCAGAAACAAGCAGUAAACCUCAAACUAAUCCAACUGAACAGUCAUAUACUAUAACUACUAAAACCAGUACGGAAGACUUAUCGGAUCCCUUCGUAAAUGAAAGUCCAACAUCAUCAAAUGAGAAGACACAAGACCUUUCACCAGAUACAUUAGACUCGACAGAUGAUCCAAUACAAGAUGUAAAAAAAGAAGACCAAAAAGUAUCUCAAAGUCCGUCACCACCUUUAAAGAAUGUUGGCUCAAUGAUCGAUGAAUACCGAGUAGAAGAUGACAUUGGUGAUGAAUAUGAGGAAUUUUACUCGCAUCCUACGACAACUUCGAGUUCGCAAUCUAUAAUUACAACAACAUCAACAACGACUCAGCGACCUGUACCUAGAACAUCAACAACUACUUCCACAACGAGACGGCCGCCUUCUACUUCAUCUACAAUAUCUUCACAAACUCCUGUGACGCACUCGUCUUCAACGCCGACUACUCCACCUUUAACAACUAUCGAUCCAUCACUACUUUCUCCUCAAGAAUUUAUAUAUCGGCAUCGUGGGCCAGGGUCUGAAGCUAUUUCUUUUCAACGUCAAAGUUUCCGUCCUGCCGAUGGUGUGUUCAUAACUCACGCUCCACCACAACAAUUCGAUCAUUUUCAAUAUGAAUCUUCAAGAACUGCACCGCGCCCGGUGUCCCGCCCUGCGCCAUUUGUACAGAGACCACAACCAUUCCGAGCUACUACUCAUGACCCGAGAGAUCAACUUCUACGCCCAGGACCUUCCUCUCAGUCUUCUGAGAGGCACGAAACGUCCAUUAAACAUCGCUCACAACCUUAUCCUUCAGCAUUACCUUCACAACAAACACUACCAUUUAAUUUCUACUAUGAUCGAAAACGAAGCGACGAUCUGUCAUCCGAAAAAGAGUCACCUCCAAGUGCUCGAUCAGUGGCCCCACCUACUAUUUCAGAACGGCCAUACACUAAACCAAAAAGUCCUCCGCGAGUAAUCGUCACCGCUAGUGCCUCGGUUAGUGAUAGUACUGGAAAAAAAUUGAAUUAUACCGUAGGCAACGUUGUUAGUGCCGUAAAACCUAUUGUAGCAAUAAAUUAUGACGAUUACAAAGAAUCUGAUCUGAUUUUCGAUCCCUUCUUUCUUGAUGUGCCAAAACUGAAUAAGCGAAGAAAAACAAGAUCGAGUAAACACAGAAAAGUAUUUACAGUUCCUGCAACGGCAACUAUACCCACGAACUUAAUUUCCAAAAGUAGCAUCGAAUCAACGCUCCCUCCAGCUACUUCUAGAGCGACUACUGUUAAAAUGACUUUUACUACAACCCCUACAACGACGACAACAGCAGCUUGGAACCCUGAAGAUUAUGUUGAUGACAACUAUGAACCUCACGCGUAUCUGCCACCCAUUCCUCCACUCGCCGUUUUUGUAUCCCAGGAACGUGUCAAACACACAAAAGUAGAAAAAGAAUCAAAAACCGAUGUAAGUAAGGAUGAACUAAAUCCAAUAGAAUUAUCAACAAAAAACGUUGGUCGCAAGGAUGAGUCCCGGCCGACGCCGUCUGCGGUGCAGAUGAUCUCUAGUCAAAGCGCGGGUGUUGCGGUAGCGGCUGACGAUGAGUCGCGUGACGUGACGCCGAGCGCGCUGCCACCCGUGCAGGCGCCUGCCUGCGCCUCAUCGCGCUCCACUGACUGUCGGAAUCGUGCCUAACAAAUAGCUCACUUUAUUGUUAGAUUAGUAGACGGAUAUUUAAUAGGUAGUAAAAUUUAUAAUUUUUCAAGCAAACGACGUGUUAUUGUGUUUCUAUUU